ACUGUUUAGUAAAACUUUAGUAAAACUUCAGUCGUGAGACCCUUCAGAUGUAUAUCAGGGGCCAUAUGCUUGGAGUAUGAUUGCCAGCAUAGACUUGGGGGCUAAGGAUAUAGGAGGUUUGCGAAGGAAUUUUUAUGUGUUUAAGGAGACUCACAGGAUCCUGGGGGGUCAGGAUAAUGUUAAGUCAAGAUUCUCUUUUGCCCCCAGCAAAGUGUCAUCAUCGAGGCAGCUGAGCUCCUAGAAGAAGGUCACUCUGCCUGUUUCAAGGACUCGCCAACGGGCCGCAGGCAGUAAGGGAAUUUAAUUUUUCAUUUGCCUUAGUUUCCCACAUCGCCGGGGCAAGCACUUAAACCCCCCCCUUACGUCUCGAUGAGGGUGAUUUUAGGGCUCCAGGAAAUGGAGUCUAUAGGCUUCUGGAGAUUAGGCUAUGGAUAAGACUGCCUUUUUCUUGCAGUUUAUUAAGUUCCCCACAAAUUGAAGGAGACACCUGUCCUGCAUGGCUGUGAUGUCUAUAAGCCAACCACUCAUUUCUCUUUCCUUUCCUUUGUUCUUGGGCUCGAGGUAAACGGGGCUGGAGCUGAUUUACAGUGUCAGAUCGCCCCCUGGCUGCCUAGUGGAGAAGGGGCUGGGAGUUGGGACCCAUCCCCUCCAGCGUCUCACCCUCUCUGGCCCUCGCAGGCAGUCCCAGAAAGUGUGGCAGCUUGAGCCAGGCAGACCUCCCUCGGUCGUGUAGCCUCGCGUCUUUCAGCCUCAGUUUUUCCACGAAAAAACCCUUGCCGUGGGCCCCGCAUGCAAAUGGGCGCUUUGUGAGGAUGGGCUCACAUGGUUCCCACUAAGCCCGAUGGGGCAGGAGCCAGAGCACCCCCACUUCAGUGGGGGAGACUGAGGAUGAGAGGACAGCACGUGCUGUGCUGGGCACAUGCGAUGCGGAGGCAGAACUGGAACCCAGGACCCCCAGUCCGGUCCUGGGCGCGGGUAGCCUAGGCUGGCCCCUGGCGGGGGUCCAGCCCCUCCCAACGCACUCGGGAAGCCACGGCCGGGCAGGGCGGAGCCGUGGGUGUCCCUGGCGCCCCAAGGUGCCAAUUAAAUGCUCGUGGCCGUCUGGGGCCAGAGCUGUGGACGGAGGCAUGGCCGAGCUGGGCCCAGAGCCGGGACGCGCCUGGCGGGUGCUAGCCCUGUGCGGGGCUGCGGUGUUCCUGGCGGCCGCGGCAGCCGGCGGGGCCCUGCUGGCCUGGAAUCUGGCCUCCUCGGCCUCCCGGGGACCUCGCUGCCCGGAGGCAGGUGCCAACGCCACGGCGCCCCCCAGGGACCUGGCGCCAGAGGUCGAGGAGCUGCGGCGCCAGCUGGCAGAGGCUACCCAACGCCAGGAGGCCCUGGCCAGACAGCUGAACCAGGCCAACCGUGUCCGUCGGGAGCUGGAGGAGGCACUAAGGGCCUGUGAGGGCCGCCAGAGCCGGCUUCAGACCCAACUGAUGACCCUGAAGACUGAGAUCGAGGAGGCGAAGGCACAGGGGACCCAGAUGGGGGCUGAGAACGGGGCGCUCACAGAAGCGCUGGCGCGCUGGGAGGCGGCGGCCACGGAGUCUGCGCGGCGGCUGGACGAGGCACAGCAGCGCGCACGCGCGGCCGAGGCCGAGGGCGAAGCUUGCCUGGCCCGGGAGGCGGCGCUGCGCGAACGCGCCCCUGGAAGCCGAGAUGGGCCCCCAGCGCAGAGUGCCGCACCCCCGAUCCCGCUCCGGGUCCCGACCGCGACCCAGCCCCCGCUCACGUUCUCGCCCAAGAACUUCGGGGGGCUGCCGGCGGCCGGCGCGGCGCGCUCGAGGAUGGGGAAACUAAGGCCCAUUCGAUGACCCAAUGAGAUAGUGCUGAUUUGGGACUUCAGUCCCUUCUGAUGACAGUGUUGCUUCAUCCCACAGGCAUGAAGAGUUAGGGUCCAGCCCUGGGUCAGGAGUGACCUGGAAGGGUCACUUCUCCUCUCUGGGCCUCAGUUUACCUUGUCUGUGUAUGGAGUGAUUAGAAUCAUGUUUGGCGAGCCAGCCUAUCCUUGACAACACAGACCGACCAAGAUGGCACAAUGGGAAAACUACAGACCCCUCUAGCUAUGAGGAGGGUACAGAAGUCCCAAAUGGAAUUUUAGCAAAAGAGAAUUAAGCACCACAUUUUUAAAAUACAUCACAACGAAGGGGCCUUAUACCUGAGAUGCAGGGAUGGCUCAGUAUUCAGAAGUCUGCUAAUAAGAUUUACCAUGGUGAUGGAUCAAACGAGAAAAGUUCUGAAAAGGCCUCAAAAUGAGGGCGAACGUGAGGAUGACCACUGUGUAGUAUUUAAUAUUGUUCUGGAGGUACUAGCCAACGCACUUAGAGAAGAAAAAGAAAGAAGGGGUAUGGAUAGUAGAGUGGUAGGGAAAUUACAGUUUGGAUCGUGGGUAAGCCCUGUUUACAUAGGUCAAAAAUAAUAGAAAUACCAACAAUUUCAUAUGGCUCAAUUUCACAUUAAUUUCAUCUUUUACCUUAUAUCCGACAUACCUUCAGACUUACAGAAAAACUGGAGGAUUAGUACAAAGAAUUCCUGGAUAUUCUUUAUCCAGAUUCCACAAACAUUAGUUACCACCUUUGCUUUAUUCUUCUUCCUCUCUCUGAACCUCUUCUGAAAAACACACAGAAACGAUGUCUCAUUACCCAUAACAGUUGAGUAUGCAUUUCCUAAAAACAAGGACAUUCUCCCACAUAAUCACAGUACAAUGAUGAACAUCAGGAAGUGGACAUUGAUAAAACACCAUUAUCUAAUCUACAGACUUUAAUCAGACUUUGCCAACUGUUCUCGUAAUGUCCUUUAUAACAAAAGAAUAUCCUGGCUCACACAUUGUAUUUGUCAGGUCUUCUAGUUCUUUUAAUCUGGAACAUUUCUCAGUAUGUCUUUGCCUUUUAUGACGGCGUUUUUUAAAGGCCCAAGGCAGUCAUUUUCUGGUGUCCUAAUUUGGGUUUCUGUGAUGUUUCUGUAAGAUUAGUUUCAGGUUGGCAUUUUGGGCAGGAGAGCCUUGGAAGCAAUUUAACAUAAUUUUACCUGCUGGUAGUAUGGUUUUAUAUAGAGAAAACCCAAGAGAACUAACUGAAACUUUCUUAGAUCUAUUUCAUAUAGUUACUUAUCUCCAGGAAUAAACUAAUUUCCUUCUUAUGUAAAGAGCUCUUAUCAAUUAAUUUUUCAAAAAACAACACGGUAGAAAAAUGGGCAAAGAAUAUAGACAGUCAUUUCAUAGAAAUAUGCAAAAAAAAAAAAAAAGCGACCAACCUCUUUCCUAGAAAAGAAUUGCAAAUUGAAAUGACAAGGUGGUACCACUUUCUACCCAUUAGUCUGGCAAAUGAAAACGAGCAAAUCGCAAAGUACCAUGUGCUGGCACUGCUGUGGGGAAACAAGUAAUCCCACGUGGUGCUAGUGAGAGAGCCCAGUGGUACAACCACUUGGAAGGGCAAUUUUCUAGAACCUCUCAAAAGUAAAAGUGUAUACAUCCUUUGACCCAUCAAUUCCCCUUCUAGAAAUUUUUCUACAACCAUAUUUACAUGGGUACAAAAUUAUGGACCAGGGGCACCUGGAUGGCUCAGUCUGCAGAGCACACUCUUGAUCUACAGGUUAUGAGUUCAAGCCCCAGGUUGGGUGCAGAGCCUACUUAUAAAUCAAUCAAUCAAUCAAUCAAUCAAU